ACACGGUGAGGAGAGCAGAGAGGAGCAUACAGGAGCAGCGGAGGAGGACCGGCGCUCACCGGAGAAUCGGCUCUUUGUUACGCACAGCCCGUCAGCGCGCGCUCAGCCUGACGCAUGCAUCUCCGCGUGUCCUCACUCGGUUCGUCUCGUGUUGGAUGCUGGGUGCAGCUGGUCCCCGCGUCACGUCCCCGGGCGCCCCGGCCCCGCGCGCUCAGGAGCUGGACAUGGACAGUUUGAGCCGCUGUAAGAUCGUGGUCGUGGGGGACGCGCAGUGUGGGAAAACCGCGCUGCUGCACGUCUUUGCCAAGGACUGCUACCCAGAGACCUAUGUUCCCACUGUGUUUGAAAACUACACGGCCAGUUUUGAGAUCGACAAACACCGGAUUGAGCUCAACAUGUGGGACACGUCAGGCUCCUCCUACUAUGACAACGUGCGACCUUUGGCUUAUCCCGACUCAGACGCUGUUCUCAUCUGCUUCGACAUCAGCCGCCCGGAGACUCUGGACAGCGUCAUUAAAAAGUGGCAGGGCGAGACGCAGGAGUUUUGUCCCAACGCCAAAGUGGUGCUGGUCGGCUGCAAACUGGACAUGAGAACGGACGUCAACACUCUACGAGAACUGUCCAAGCAACGCCUCAUCCCCGUCACCCAUGAGCAGGGCAGCACAAUCGCUCGUCAGAUGGGGGCCGUGGCUUACGUGGAGUGCACAUCCAAAACCUCUGAGAACAGCGUACGGGACGUAUUUCACAUCACCACUCUGGCAUCCGUGCGACGACCACACAAAACGCAAAUGAAACGCAGUAGUUCCCGCAGGGGCCUGAAGAGGGCAUCCCAACUGCCCCUACCCCCUCUGCCCGACCAGGCCCCUGCUAUUCGCAAGGACCGUGCAAAAAGCUGCGUGCUAAUGUAGAACUGCUAAUGUCAGAACGACUGUAAAUACACCACGGGACACCACAGAGGAACAAAGUCUAUUUAUUGUUUCAUUCGUCAUAUUUUAUUUUUGCACUGCUAAGGAACGCUUUGGAGGAUUUUACGUGUUUUGCCUAUUUUCCGAGCUGUUUACAUAUUUGUGCUGUUAAAUCGGACUAACCUCUCGCAAAAUAUAAUAGAGGAAUUAUUUUCUUCAACUGGUUUAAGAAGAAGAGGAGGAGGAGGAGGUCACUAGACGAAGGAGGAAGCCAUUUUGGAUUGCCUUGUCUGUUUAAAGGACCAUUGACAAGAGCAGGACUUGGGUAUUUGCAGUAAAAGUUUAUAAGGGAUUUUAAAGGGACAUUGAUUGACAGCUCAGGUCAAACAGCUGGGAUGUUGAGGGAUGUUGUGGAGGUGUGUGUGUGUGUGUACGCUACCGCAAGUGCAUUUUAAGCAUUUAAGAUUCUACGGCAAAAUGCAGUUUAAAGUCUAAUACCAUCUUUACAAAUAUGUUUUGUCAGUCUGCCCCACGGACUGUUCCUGUUACAUCAAUAUGUUUCUUUGUGAAGAAAAAAGUGGUAAAAUGUUAGCACUAUUUUAUUGUACUUUCACUAAAAGUCUAAAAUAAAAAAGGACAUUGCUGCAUAGG